UGUCCUUAAUCCUUCCUCUCCUUUCUCAUCUCUCUCUUAAUCAUUUCUCUACAACUCUUUGAUUCUGAAUUUGAUUUUUCAAAGCGCCAGAAUUUCCUACUCAAUUUUGCGCUUUCUACAACUACUUCUGAUUUUCUGUUCCUUUCCAGUUUUCUGAAUUCUGUUGCUGUUUGAUUUUGAAAAGAUUUGACUGUUGAAUCUGCAGCGCUUUCAGUUUUUGCCAAGUUUCAUCUGAGAUCUGAUUCAAUUUCCAGUCGUUAUAACCUCAAUUCGACUGCCAAUUUUCAUCGGAAUAUUGGAAUUGGUUGCAAAAAUGGCGUUUGACUUUGGGACGCUGUUGGCAAGUUUGAACAGAUUAUCAACUUCUGAUCAUCAAUCUGUUGUGUCAAUUAACUUGUUUGUUGCGCUUAUCUGUGCGUGUAUCGUUAUCGGUCAUCUACUAGAGGAAAAUAGAUGGAUGAAUGAGUCCAUAACGGCCCUUGCUAUCGGACUUUGCACUGGAGUUGUCAUUCUACUAAUAAGUGGAGGAAAGAACUCACAUAUUUUAGUCUUCAGCGAAGAUCUUUUCUUCAUUUACCUUCUUCCGCCCAUCAUUUUUAAUGCUGGGUUCCAGGUGAAAAAGAAAUCAUUUUUCCGCAAUUUCAGCACUAUUAUGCUUUUUGGGGCCGUUGGCACCUUGAUAUCAUUCAUUAUCAUAUCAUUUGGUGCUAUUGGCAUUUUCAAGAAAAUGAAUAUUGGGAACCUUGAAAUUGGAGAUUACCUUGCUAUUGGAGCAAUCUUCUCUGCAACAGAUUCUGUUUGCACCUUACAAGUGCUUAGUCAGGAUGAAACACCCUUACUGUACAGUCUAGUGUUUGGGGAAGGUGUAGUGAAUGAUGCCACAUCUGUAGUUCUGUUCAAUGCUGUCCAGAACUUUGACUUAUCUCAUAUCAGCACAAGCAAAGCUCUGGAAUUAGUUGGAAACUUUCUAUACUUGUUUGCGUCAAGCACCAUCUUAGGGGUUGCUGCUGGUCUACUGAGCGCCUAUAUAAUUAAAAAACUCUACUUUGGAAGGCACUCCACUGACCGUGAGGUUGCUAUAAUGAUACUUAUGGCUUACCUGUCAUACAUGCUUGCUGAAUUAUUCUAUUUAAGUGCAAUCCUCACUGUGUUUUUCUCUGGGAUCGUCAUGUCUCACUACACCUGGCAUAAUGUGACUGAGAGCUCAAGAGUCACCACCAAGCACGCUUUUGCUACGUUAUCAUUUAUUGCUGAAAUAUUCAUAUUCCUUUAUGUUGGGAUGGAUGCCUUGGACAUUGAGAAGUGGAGAUUUGUAAGCGACAGCCCUCAAUUAUCAGUUCAGGUUAGCUCAAUAUUGAUGGGUCUUGUUUUGGUUGGAAGGGCAGCCUUUGUUUUCCCCCUGUCAUUUUUGUCCAACUUGAUCAAGAAGUCUUCGGAUGAGAGGAUUAGCUUUAACCAGCAAAUUACAAUAUGGUGGGCUGGACUUAUGCGAGGUGCUGUUUCAGUGGCACUUGCUUAUAAUCAGUUUACCAGGGCAGGUCAUACUCAGUUACGUGCCAACGCAAUAAUGAUCACAAGUACUAUCACUGUUGUCCUUUUCAGCACAGGGGUGUUUGGAUUGAUGACAAAACCUUUAAUUAGAUUAUUGCUACCCUCACCAAAACACUUGAGCAGAAUGAUCUCUUCUGAACCAACGACCCCAAAAUCCUUCAUUGUGCCACUUCUUGAAAGUGCACAAGACUCAGAAGCUGAUCUGGGCCAAAAUGUACCCCGUCCCCACAGUUUGCGGAUGCUCCUAUCAACACCAUCUCAUACUGUGCAUCGUUACUGGAGAAAAUUUGACAACGCAUUCAUGCGUCCUGUUUUCGGUGGACGAGGUUUUGUACCUUUUGUUCCAGGAUCACCAACUGAACCAAGUGAUCAUUAAUUGCAUUGCUGGAGUUGCAGAUUACAGAAAAUCAUUUCUGUCUUGGAGAGUGAAGAUGGGAGUUUUUCGGUUCGAGUUUUUGUUUACUGUUAAUAGCUUUUGAGUGUGUCCAUGUGGUUAAAAAGGGGUUGUCUAGUUUAUAGGUUGAUGCUAAGUAUAUUCAUUUGGGUGAUCAUGUUUUCAGCUCAGUUCUCUCUUUUGGUCAUUGCUGACAAUUUCUGUCUGAAUUCCUAGGUUUUCUCCGGGACAGUUAUUUUCUUUCUUUUUUGGGGGGUAAUUUAUCAGAACACCAGAUAGGUGUAUAUUCUGUAAGGCAUAUGGCAUAGCUACAUUAAUUAUCUUGUAAAAUCCUUCUACAGGUUAGAGAGUGGUUCUUGAUGAUGUAGAUUUCACAUGGUUGUAACAUUGUCAUUGCUCAGUAAAGUUGCUUAGAUACAAAUUCCUUGUGAA